GUAAACUUCCGGUUAUGAACUCUCUUCAAAUGUGUUUUACACGGAGGAUAAAAUCAUAAAAUGUAUUCAUAUGAAGAACACGGUGAUGCUGUAGAUAAAUAUCAGAGAUCAGUCAGAGAGCGAGCAAAUGCUAGUUUGCACGAACUUGAGGAUGUGUUGUUGGGGACGUCUACUGGCAAACAUAGAGCAGAGACAACUAAAGCAAAGAUCCAGCUUCAGGCCACCGUGAAUCCUCGCACAUUGAAGUGGUAUGAGGAAAAUGCUCGGCCACAGAAAUAUAAGCAUGCAGUCUCAAAGCUCAAUGCUAUGCUCAGCCAAGAUUCACAAAUUCCCCCUCCAUCACGACCCUCAGACAGUAGCGUUCCCUCUCUGGAGGAGGCAGCAGCUGUGAUACAGGCUCAGACUGGAUACUGUCAACAGCUGGAGGCAGAGAACCGCUACAUUAAAGAUGAAUUAGCAAAUCUUCGAGCAAAAUUAUCAGAGAUUAUAGAGGAAAACAAAAGAUUGCAUGAAGAGUUGAAAACAAGUAUCCUACAAGAAGUUGUUGGUGAGAAUAUCAAUAUGGAAGCCUCAGAGGUUGAGAAUUUCUUCUUAGCAGAUAAGUCUGAUCACAUCUUCCACACAAGAGAACUCAAACAUCUCCAAGUAGAACUGGAGAGGCUUAGUUCACUUCAUUCAGCAAGAGUCAGUAGACUCGAGACUCAGCAGGAACAUUCAAGGUCAGAGAUCCAAAAGUAUGAGCAAAUGGUGGAGGAUCUAAGAUCUCAGCUGCGAAUGCAUGACAGUAUUCCAACUCGAGAAAAUGGGGAAUUUGUCUCCGAAAAACAACGCAACUACCUCCAAAUCACAAUUGAUAAAUUAACUAGAGAAAGAGAUGAAUUAAUGGAACAUGUGACCAGUCUAAAAUCCAACGUCCAGAAACUAGCCCAAAGGGAGGAGGAGGCGUACCAGCAAACAAAGAAAGGAAUAGAAAUGGUGGAGCAGGCUCAGCUGGAGCAGACCCAAGCUUUAGUUCAGAAAGAGCAGCUAUCAGAGGAACUCAAUAAUAUGAAGAAGAGAUUUGAUUCGUACAUCCUGGACACUCAGGCCCGCCUACUGGAGGAGAGGGAGAGUGUUCGAAGAGAAAGUCAGAUGAUGAUUGACACCAUAAACAAAAAGUUGAAGGAAAUGACUGACCAGUAUGCAGCAGCCUCUGCACAAGUUGACAAGCUGUCUCGUGAAAAAGUCGCUUACAUCAAUGAAAUAGAUGAGAUGAAGAUUCAGCUUCGCAGAUUUGACAAAGAGGCUUCCAUGGCAGCAGAAACAUAUCGCACAGAAUCAACCCACGCCUCCAUACAGAAGAGCCAUGCAUCUCAGGAAGUCAACCAUCUCAGGAAAGAUCUGGAAAUUACAAAGAGAGAGAGGGACCAAGAUAAAAGUAAACUAGAGAUGGAGCUUGAAGCAUUGAAACGAAGAUUACACAAAGCUGAGAGGGGACUUGUAAACAGUAAAGAAGAGUGUAUUCAUUUAACAACAAAUACACAGGCUUUAGAGAGAGAGCUACACUUAGCGAAAUUGGCCAAAGAGAGUGUAGAGAAGGGUAGAAAUGAGGAUUUGAAAGCCAUGACCAAGAGAGCUCAAAUGAGAGAGGAAGAGCUGAACAGUUUUAUAGAGGACAUAGGGGACAAGCAUGAGAGGACAGCACAGGAAAUGGAUGUCAUGCUGAAGAAACAGAAUCGUCUUUUGGGCAAACUACGCGAUGAAUGUAGACGACAAGCAGGACAGAUAGAAAAACUCACAAAAAGAAACAGGAAUGAAAAUGGUCAACUACGCAGACAGAAUGAAGAGCUGAAAUUACGCCUCGAGAGGGCAGUAACACGGUUGGAAGAUCUUGACAACCAAGCAGAUCAACAUGGCAGAGUGCAUGAGAAAAUGAAAGACAGACUGAAAAAGAUGGAUGAACUUGCUCAGGAGCAAGGACAACAGAUAUUAGAUCUGCUGGCCCAGCACAGUGCAUUGUUACGAGACAGACAACUCCUAUCCAGAGAAGUGGAAUUCCUGAGAAAACAGAUCGUUAAAUCCAAUGAAGAGGAUCUGGAAAAAUUCUUCUCCUCCAAUAAAACACUUGUGGAUGACAUUAUAAAGAGUGUGAACUGUGAGGAAAUGGAACUUAAGUAUAAACAAAAAUCUGUGAUAAUUUCUGACAACAAGGAGGAUGUGGAAGACACAUAGUGCCAAGUUUACUC